AUGCCCGUCUCGCAUCUGACCCUGACCGUCUCGCAUCUCCCUACCUCGACAUCAUUCUUCCUCUCCUGCCUGCAACCACUGGGAUACCAGUUUAUUGGCCGACAUGAUGACUACAUUGGCUUUGGACAGAAGCAGGGGGAGCCGGCAGAUUUCUGGAUCACGGAGCAGAAGCCUGGGGUUCUUCCCAGUGCAGCGCAUGUAGCAUUUCCUGCACCAUCCAAAGAUGCUGUGACCGCAUUCUUCCACCAGGCCAUCCAAGCCGGUGGGAAAUUCCACGGCGAACCCAGGACCCGCGAUUCACAGUCCGGCUACCAUAGCGCCGCCGUAAUCGACUUUGAUGGUAAUAGCGUCGAGGCAGUGUACCGACCCGGCAGCUCUGUCGUGGCAUCAGAAGCCGGGGGGCCGACAAUAGCCCAGCUGGGGAACGGCUCUGUGGUAUCGAAGAGUAGCAAAGCUGGCAGCGUGGCGCCCCCAAGAUCAGAGGCCAAGUCUCGUGCAAUAUCAAAAGCACCAACAGCCAUCGAGAAGGCCCCGUCUGUCGUCUCCCACAAGUCAACAGGCUCAGCCCUCGCCUAUGGACCGCCACCAGUCCAGCAGACCGACGAUGGCAGCAAAGCCGCCAAAACAAUCGUCGGUACGCUCAUCGGCGCCGCCGCAGGCGCCGCCAUCGCCUACGCCAUGGUGAAGGGCGACUCGCAAUCCACCACCUCCGAGACCAAAGAGGCACCACCGCCCCAAUACCAACAGCAACAAUACCAACAGCAACAAUACCAACAGCAACAAUACCAACAGCAACAAUACCAACAGCAAUACCCCCCUGACUUCCCACAGCUCAUGGCUCCGCCCUCUCAAGUCUCUGGCGCCAUGUCCGUCUACACAGCAGCCUCAGGCGCCCGCUCCACGCUAUCCCGGAGCAUAAUGUCCAAGAACCCGCGUGCCAGCACCAUAUACGAGGGCACGGAGUUCUACCAUGACGAGCAAGGCCGCCGCGCCUCAGAUGGCGGCAGCAUCUUCUCCAUCCCGGAGAACCUGCCGCUCCGCGCCAUCGAGUACCCGCCGCCCAGCAGCGCCUCGCAACAGCGCUUCCCCUGCAAUCCCAGCACCUUCAUCAGCAGCUACGCGGCCGACAAGCCGCGCGCGGGUAGCGUGCACUCGGCGUCGACGAUCAAGGCCUCUGCCACGCAGCGCCGCCAUAGUACUGACGACGGCUACUCAGAGCACAGCCACCGCUCGCAGGUGUACCGCGCAUCGUCCUCGCAUAGCGUGCACACGGUCAAAUCACACUCCCACGCCCCGUCCAAGGCCGGUGGCGCCCCCAGCACCACUUCCUCGACCCGCUCAGCCCGCAACAUCCCCCUCCCCGCCAGCUCCUCAGAGUCCUUCUACAGCGCGGCGCCCAGCCAAGGUGGGAACAAAUCCGCCGUCUCCGCGCGCAACACCCCGCUACCGGCCGGCUCGUCGAACUCCUUCUAUAGCGCAGUACCGAAGUCGCACGCCUCCGCGCGUCACAUUUUUCUGCCAGAGAGCGUGAUCGACGUCGAGGUUGACUCGCACGUCACGCCGGACGAUUCGAUCAGCCAGGUUGGCGGGAGUCACUCUGGACGCUCGAGUCAUUCGCACCGCUCCAAGCACUCCAAGCACUCCAAGCACUCCAAGCACUCAAAAGCGUCGCGGCACUCGUCGAAAUCGAAGACGUUUGAGGAGCCGGUGAGGCCGGCGGAUAGUGUUAGUCAGAUCUCCCAGUCGUCACAGAGGACUGUUAAGGUUGCGAGUCGGAAGGGGAGUGAGGUUGUGGUUUGA